GCCGCAAAAGGCUCAAUUCUGUGCCCCAUCAUGCUCGCCAACCACCGCACUUUCCUUACUAUGGGUACUCGCGCUUCGCGCUCUCUCUCGACUGCCGCCAAGCGCGCGGUGGUUGUGGACGGCGUGCGUCUGCCGUUCGCCAAGUCCGGCACCGUCUACAAGGACGUGAUCGCGUAUGACAUGAUGCGCGACGCCUUCAAGGGGCUCAUUAACAAGACUGGCAUCGACCCUAAGAGCAUUGACUACGUGCUGGCUGGUACUGUGAUUCAGGAGGUCGGUACAUCCAACAUAGCACGCGAAGCGGCGCUGGGAGCAGGCAUCCCCAAGCACGUUCCGGCGCACACAGUCACGCAGGCCUGCAUCUCUUCCAGCCAAGCUAUCUGCUCCGGCGCUGAAAAGAUCCUAUCAGGACACGCUGAUAUUGUGCUGGCUGGAGGCGUUGAGACGUUCUCGGAUGUGCCUAUCCGCUUCUCGAAACCCAUCCGAGAGCGACUUAUUAAUGCCCCCAAGGCAAUGAAGAAGGGCCCCUUGGCAGCGCUGAAGUUGCUUCAAGGACUGAAUUUCUCGGACCUUGCACCCGUCGCUCCAGCUAUCCAGAACUUUCACACUAGGGAGAUCAUGGGCUCAUCGAGUGACCGUCUUGCCACCAGGUUUGGAGUCACGAGACAGGAGAUGGACCAGUACACGAUUGAUGCACACCAGAAGGCCUACAGAGCUCACGUGGAGGGUAAAUACAAAGGAGAGAUCUUGUCCUACAAGGGCAGCACCGAGGAGAACGGAGUGAACCCGAAUUCGACGCUCGAAAAGAUUUCAACACUGAAGCCAGCCUUUAUUAAGCCGCACGGAACCCACACAGCGGCCAACUCAUCGUUCUUGACUGACGGAGCUGCUGCUACGCUGAUCAUGUCGGAGGAGAAGGCUCUGGAACUUGGAUACACGCCCAAGUCGGUGCUCAAGGAUUGGUUAUUCGUCGGUGUGGACCCGUUCGAGUCAUUGCUGCUGGGCCCCGCCUACGGUAUCAAGCGGAUCCUGGAGCAGAACAAGCUGAAGUUAAGCGACAUCGACUACUUUGAGAUCCACGAGGCUUUCGCUGGACAAGUGCUGGCCAAUUUGAACGCGUUGGCUGAACCCAAGUACUGCAAGGAGCUGUUCGGGAUGGACCAAGCUGUCGGACGCGUGCCAUCGGAAAAGUUGAACACGUGGGGCGGAUCUCUGUCACUCGGACACCCGUUCGGGGCUACCGGCAGCAGAUUAGUGAACACGGCAUCCAACAAACUGCAGAAAGAAGGCGGCAAGUACGCGCUUCUGGCAGCCUGUGCAGACAGCGGACUCGCCUACGUCGGCUUGAUCGAGAACUACAAGAAGUAGGUUGACGGCGCGGAAGAAACGCCCCGCACUUGUUAACAUCAACCUCGAGCUUGUAACCUUAACGAUCCAUACAAGUUUGGAAAGAACGAACACUGCAAAGAA